UAUCCUACCUAAGAAGCCACAACAGUUAAAUUAGUUAAAAGUAUUAAAAAGUAACACAAAGCCAUGGUAGAAUACAAAACUGAUGGACAGUUUACCUUGCUAGAAAUAAACAAUCCUCCAGUGAAUGCUUUAAGUUACCCUGUGAGAGAUGGCUUACUUAGAGGAAUCAAAAAAGCAAUUGCUGAUGAUAAAAUAAAAGCAGUCAUAAUUGUUGGGAAUGGAAAGACCUUUCUUUCUGGAGCUGACAUCAAGGAGUUCUCUAAGCAAUAUAAGGGUCCUGACAUUACUGAUGUAGGCCGUGUUCUUGAGGCAAGCUUAAAACCUGUUAUUUGUGCUGUUCAUGGUCAAGCUCUUGGUGGAGGCCUUGAAAUAGCAUUGUUUUCACAUUAUAGAAUUGCUGACUCUAAGGCAAAGUUUGGAUUUCCAGAAGUACUGUUGGGUCUAUUGCCAGGGAGACAAGGGACAAUUCGCCUCCCUCGAGUGACAGGUUUAACUGUUGCUAUAGAUCUAAUUACUUCUGGACGACAUAUUAGUGCACAAGAUGCUCUAAAAUAUGGAAUCAUAGAUAAGAUUGUAACUGGUGACCUUCUUGCUGAAGCGAAAUCCUUUGCUGCUAAUGUAAUAGGAAAACCACUGGACACUAAAAGACUAAGUCAAAUUCCACUGAAGGGGGCUGAAAAUGCAGACCAGCUAUUUGAAAAUGCAUUAACAGCUGUAAAAAAGAAAUAUAAAGGAAUGAUUGCUCCAACUUAUUGUCUCAAAUCUAUUAGAGGAGCGGUUAAACUUCCGUUUGAAGAAGCUGCAGAGAAUGAGCACAUUUUGUUUAGAGAACUAAUGACCAGUGGUCAGUCUGAAGCUUUGAGAUAUUCAUUCUUUGCUGAAAGAGCAGUUUCUAAAUGGAAGCUUCCAAGUGGUGCAAGUGCACUCAACACAAAGCCACUGCUUAUCCAGACUGCAGCUGUUAUUGGAGCUGGAACCAUGGGGUCAGGAAUUGCAAUCUGUUUAAUUAGAUCUGGCAUUCCUGUGGUUUUAAUUGAGCAAAAUGCAAAGAUGCUUGAAGUUGCUUUGAGAAAUAUUGGCUUGAUUCUUCAAGACAGUGUUAAGCGAAAUCGGAUGACUACUGAUAAAAGGAUUGAGUGUCUUCGGAUAUUGAGAGGGGCUAAUAGUCUUGACAAAGUCAGUGAGGUUGACAUUGUAAUUGAAGCUGUCUAUGAAAAUCUGAAACUGAAGCAAGAAAUAUUUGCUCAGUUGGAUAAAAUUUGCAAGCCUUCUACACUUCUUUGUUCAAACACUUCAACAUUAGAGAUUGAAAAGCUUGCGUCUGUCACAAAAAGGCCAGAUAAAGUUGCAGGAACACAUUUCUUUUCACCUGCCCACAUCAUGAGGCUCUUAGAAAAUGUUUAUGGCCUUGAAACUUCACCAACAACAGUUGCCACCAUCAUGGAUUUAGGGAAAAGAAUUGGGAAGGUAUCAGUUUUGGUGAGAAGUUGCCAUGGGUUUGUUGCUAAUAGAAUGAAUAAAAACUUUGAUGAAGCCCAAUUUUUGUUAGAAGAAGGUGCCACGAUCCAAGAUAUUGAUCGUGUGUAUGAGGAGUUUGGAAUGCCAAUGGGAGUUUUUAAAGUUUCUGAUCUUGCUGGAACUGACAUUCGGUGGCUUGUUCAAAAAGAAAAAGCUAAACUAAAAGGCAUCACAUUUAACCUUGAUACACGAUACAUAAAUGGAGAGCGGUACUGUACAAUUGCAGACAGAAUUUGUGAAUUAGGCAGGUUUGGAAUAAAAACUGGAAAAGGCUGGUAUAAAUAUGAAAGUACCAAUCCACACAAGGCAAUACCAGACCCUGAAGUGACUGAUAUAGUACUCACUCAUUGUAAAAAUUUGGGAAUAACAAGGCGACAGAUUUCUUAUUUGGAAAUCCUGGAGCGCUGUUUCUAUGCCACUAUAAAUGAAGGUUUUAAAAUACUUGAGGAAGGUAUAGCUGAAAAACCUGAAGACAUUGAUAUCAUAUGGCAAGCUGGGUUUGCAUUUCCUAAAUACAGAGGUGGGCCAAUGUUUUAUGCUAGCCAAGUUGGACUAACUAAAGUCUAUGAACGCAUUUGCUACUAUCAUAAAACCUUUCCUUAUUCCAUCCACUGGGUGCCAAGUAACUUACUAAAGAAACUGGCUAGUCAUUCAUCUCAAAUACCAAUCAGUCAAUGGAUGAACUUUUCAAAUAGUAAACUUUAAAGACUGAAGAGGUUGAUGAAAUGUUCAAAAAUAGAGAAAAAUUGUUUUUUGUUGAUAAAACAUAAAUGUUAUAUCAAAUUGUUACAAUUAUUUUAAGCAACCGGUUAUUAAUUUUAUGAAAUAUAGCUUUUAAUGUUUUUAUAAAAAACAUAUUCAGAGUCUAAUAUAUUUUACCAUUUCUUGUUUUGUUGUGUUUUUUUUUGGUAAAAAUAUAUAAAUGAAAAUAUUUAAUCGGGAAAAGCUUUAUGUGUAUUUCUGAAGAACAAAAUUUUUUUAAAAUGUAUAUAUUAAUAAAUGGGUUAUUUAUUUGGGUAAUAAGUUACAAAUAGUUUGGUAUAUUGGUAUAGAGGACAACAAGAGACAUUCAAUUUAAGAAUGUUUUAUACUUAUAUCAGAUGGGGAAAAUUAGGUAGCCAGCAAUGUCUUUUAUUUCCACAUUACCUGUAGAACUUGGGCUGGUGGACCAUUACCUGUUAUAAACAUUUUAUAUGUUUGUUUAUUUUACAUGUUUAUAACUGUUUUUAAUCCUAUGUAUGUCACUUACAUCUCCAGAUUAUAGGACAGAAGGAUUAUAUAAAAUAAUUUAUAAUUUGGGCUUUUUGCUUAUGCAAUCAUAUUAAACAGACUAUUGUAUUAGUAUUUAAGAAAACUUUCACAAUGAAAGAUGCACAUUAUUGUCUUUGUACUGAUUACUGUUGUCAAAACAUACAUGCGGUUAAAGAUUAUUGAAUAUUUUAAGUUAUACAUAUAAUUUUAUGGGAAGGUGUGAUCAAAUGAUAGAGAAUACAACGCCUAACCCAAAAGUUUGAAUCCGGCUUCAUUUUCAUAGAAUAUCUCGAGUCCACCAAGCUCUGAAGGGUACCUAACUUAUGUUAAGGUAAGUAAAGGAGGCUAUACUUUCAUAUUCUGAUGUCACAGAAACAGGUGAGCUCUAUUUCACUUGCACCACCAUGGACCAUUCGGUUAUAACUAUCUUUAAUAAAAUAUGUUUAAAUUAAUUAUAAUGAUAUUUUAACCA